AUGUCCUCCUACCAGUCUCCUCCUAGGGCAGCCCCUUCGCUACGAAAAGCCCCUCUGCUUGCCCGUCAGGCCCAGCAGUCCCGAAACCAGUCACAGCAGCGCCGCAGCCUCCGCGUCGGAGCGCCCCUGGCCGACAAGCCCGGCUCCUACUCGCGAACCGACCCUGAGGUCACCGUCGAGUACCCAGAGGACCACGAGCUCCCCAGCUCCAAGGUCGUCCGCGGCCACGGCGGCGGCUUCGCAAAGCCAACCCUCGCCUCCUUCUCCCUCGAGGACCGCGUGACCGUCAUCACGGGCGGCGCCCGCGGCCUCGGCCUCGUCAUGGGCCAGGGCGUCCACUACUCCGGCGGCGACCUCGCCAUUGUCGACCUCAAUCUCGAGGAGGCCGAAACCCAGGCCCGCAACCUCAUCGACGCCUUCAAGAAGGAGAACCCCGAGGCCGAGCACACCCCCAAGGUCACGGCCCACUACGCCGACGUCUCCGACACCGAGUCCGUCGACGCCUGCAUCGCCGACGUCAUUGCCAAGCACGGCCGCAUCGACAACCUCGUCACCUCGGCCGGCUUCACCGAGAACUUUGACGCCGUCAGCUACCCCAUUGACCGCAUGCGCAAGCUCUGGGGCGUCAACGUCGACGGCACCUACCUCUUCGCCAUUGCCGUCGCCAAGCACCUCAUGGAACGCAAGGCCCAGGGCAGCAUGGUCUUCAUCGGCUCCAUGUCCGGUUCCAUUGUCAACAUUCCCCAGCCCCAGGCCCCCUACAACGCCGCCAAGGCCGGUGUUCGCCACCUCGCUGCCUCCCUGGCCGUCGAGUGGGCCCACUGCGGUAUCCGCGUCAACUGCAUCUCCCCUGGCUACAUGCUCACGGCCCUCACUCAGAAGAUCCUCGACGACAACCCAGACCUCAAGAAGAAGUGGAUCUCCCUCAUCCCCCAGGGCAAGAUGGGCCAGCCCAAGGACCUCAUGGGUCCCGUCACCUUCCUGCUCUCCGAUGCCUCGCAGUACGUCACCGGCGCCGACCUCCGCGUCGACGGCGGGUACACCGUCACCUAA